GGGGCAGCAAGUGAAGCUUAUGUUAGCGGACAAGAAGACUGGCAGUAGAGGAAGCCUCACUUGGAUAGGGGGGACGCGACCAGAGAUGAUGAAGCCGAGCUUUCUUCUCCUGUUGGCCGUAGCGAUAGCUCUUGGAAGUUGUGCGAGAGGCCAAGCUGAAGGCCUGAAGAAGGGCUUCUACAAGAACAGUUGCCCUCAGGCUGAGGAAACCGUUCGGAGCAUCAUAUGGAAUCACGUCUCGAGCAACUCGGAGCUGCCGGCAAAGUUGCUGAGGCUGUUCUUCCAUGACUGCUUCGUCAGGGGUUGUGAUGCCUCCAUCUUGAUCGAGUCGACCUCCGACAAUGUUGCCGAAAAGGACGCAGGCCCUAACCUAUCGCUAGCAGGCUUCGAUGUCAUCGAAGAGGUGAAGACGGCAUUGGAGACGGCAUGCCCGGGGACGGUCUCGUGCGCAGAUAUAGUUGCAUUGGCGGCGAGGGACUCUGUCUCCUUCCAAUUCAACAAGCUUCUGUGGAAGGUGAAGACCGGGAGGAGGGACGGCACCAUCUCCCGGCGAUCGGAGGCCCUCUCCGACCUCCCUUCGCCGGCCUCGAACUUCUCGGUGCUGGCCGGGCAAUUCGCGAACAAAGGCCUCCACGUCAAGGAUCUCGUCGUCUUGUCAGGUGCACACACCAUCGGGGUCGGGCACUGCAACCUGUUCAGCCAGAGGCUGUACAACUUCACCGGGCAGAACGCGGAGAACGACACCGACCCGUCGCUGGACCCGACCUACGCGGCGCUGUUGAAGACCAAGUGCAGGAGCCUGGCGGACAACACCACGACGGUGGAGAUGGACCCCGGGAGCAGCACCGACUUCGACAACCACUACUACGCCAACCUGCAGGAGAAGAAGGGGCUGUUCGUGUCCGACGCCGCACUCCUCACGGACCAGCGGUCGGCCAAGCUGGUGGGCAAGCUGCUGCACCCGGGAGACUUCUUCGACGACUUCAAGAACUCGAUAACCAGGAUGGGAGCCAUCGGCGUGCUCACCGGCACCGACGGGGAGAUCAGGAACAAGUGUAGCGUCGUCAACUCCUGAAACCUGAUGUCACUUUCUCAUGAACAAGUGUAGCUGUUAUCUACUCGUUGGAUGUCGUAAUUGAUAAGAUGGUUGUUUAAUAACGUUCAAAUGGGUCAUUACACAUUUCUAACUUAAAUAGGAGAUCAGAAUUUCUA